GGCGGGGGUGUGCGCGGGCUGGGUUUUGGGCCGCGGCGGGAGCGGGAGUCUCCGCCACUCGAGUGCGCAGGCGCCUGGCGGUUACCGGUCUCGCAAUGGAGCGGAAAGUGCUUGCGCUCCAGGCCCGAAAGAAAAGGACCAAGGCCAAGAAGGACAAAGCCCAGAGGAAAUCUGAAGCUCAGCACCGAGGCUCUGCGCCACACUCUGAGAGUGAUCUACCAGAACAAGAAGAGGAGAUUCUGGGAUCUGAUGAUGAUGAGCAGGAAGAUCCCAAUGAUUAUUGUAAAGGAGGUUAUCAUCUUGUGAAAAUUGGAGAUCUGUUCAAUGGGAGAUAUCAUGUGAUCCGAAAGUUGGGCUGGGGACACUUUUCAACAGUGUGGUUAUCAUGGGAUAUUCAGGGGAAGAAGUUUGUGGCAAUGAAAGUAGUUAAAAGUGCUGAACAUUAUACUGAAACAGCCCUAGAUGAAAUCCGGUUGCUGAAAUCAGUUCGCAAUUCAGACCCUAAUGAUCCAAAUAGAGAAAUGGUUGUUCAACUACUAGAUGACUUUAAAAUAUCAGGAGUUAAUGGAACACAUAUCUGCAUGGUGUUUGAAGUUUUGGGGCAUCAUCUGCUCAAGUGGAUCAUCAAGUCCAACUAUCAAGGGCUUCCGCUGCCUUGUGUCAAAAAAAUUAUUCAGCAAGUGUUACAGGGUCUGGAUUAUUUACACACCAAGUGCCGUAUCAUCCACACUGACAUUAAACCAGAAAACAUCUUGUUGUCAGUGAACGAGCAGUACAUCCGAAGGCUGGCUGCAGAAGCCACAGAAUGGCAGCGAUCUGGAGCUCCUCCACCUUCCGGAUCUGCAGUCAGUACUGCACCCCAGCCUAAACCAGCUGACAAAAUGUCAAAGAAUAAGAAGAAGAAAUUGAAGAAGAAGCAGAAGCGCCAGGCAGAAUUACUAGAGAAGCGAAUGCAGGAAAUUGAGGAAAUGGAGAAAGAGUCGGGCCCUGGGCAAAAAAGACCAAACAAGCAAGAAGAAUCAGAGAGUCCUGUUGAAAGACCCUUGAAAGAGAACCCACCUAAUAAAAUGACCCAAGAAAAACUUGAAGAGUCAAGUACCAUUGACCAGGAUCAAACACUUAUGGAACGUGGUGUAGAGGGUGGUGCAGCAGAAAUUAAUUGCAAUGGAGUAAUUGAAAUCGUUAAUUAUACUGAGAACAGUAAUAAAGAAACAUUGAGGCUUAAAGAGGAUCUGCAUAAUGCUAACGACUGUGAUGUCCAAAAUUUGAAGCAGGAACCUAAUUUCCUAAGCUCCCAAAAUGGAGACAGCAGCACAUCUCAAGAAACAGACUCUUGUACACCUAUAACUUCUGAGGUGUCAGAUACCAUGAUGUGCCAGUCUUCAUCAAAUGUAGACCAGUCAUUCAGUGAACAGGACAUCAGCCAACUUCAAGAAAGCAUUCGGGCAGAGAUACCCUGUGAAGAUGAGCAAGAGCAAGAACAUAAUGGACCACUGGACAGCAAAGGAAAAUCCACUGCUGGACAUUUUCUCGUUAAUCCCCUUGAGCCAAAAAAUGCAGAAAAACUCCAAGUGAAGAUUGCUGAUCUUGGAAAUGCCUGUUGGGUGCACAAACAUUUCACUGAAGAUAUUCAAACAAGGCAGUAUCGCUCCUUGGAAGUUCUGAUAGGAUCUGGCUAUAACACCCCUGCUGACAUUUGGAGCACGGCAUGCAUGGCCUUUGAACUGGCCACAGGCGACUAUUUGUUUGAACCUCAUUCAGGGGAAGAGUACACUAGAGAUGAAGACCACAUUGCGCACAUUAUAGAGCUGAUAGGCAGAAUUCCAAGACGCUUUGCCCUCAGUGGGAAAUAUUCACAGGACUUCUUCAAUCGCAGAGGUAGUAUUGUUAACAUGAGUUUUCAUCUAGGCCCAGGGAUACAACUUCAGGAAGCAGAGCAUUCACACCGAGAUUGUUUUUUAGUUAUCACUCAAGUCCCACUGGAAUGGGCGCCUGAUUUUAUAUGGUUUUCUGGAUUCUCCAUUAGAUGGAUAGAGUCCUCUUCUUCCCAUUUAGGACAGAAAGCAAACCUGAAAUGCUUUACAGAAAGGUGUGCAUGCUACUCUUUCUGCCAGUGUCUAGAACUGCGUUUGUUACUCCUGUUAUGUAUGUCUUUUUUCCCCCCCCUCUUGAAAUGUUUGAAACAUACAGAUCACAUUGCAUUGAUCAUAGAACUUCUGGGGAAGGUGCCUCGCAAGCUCAUUGUGGCAGGAAAAUAUUCCAAGGAAUUUUUCACCAAAAAAGGUGACCUGAAACACAUCACGAAGCUGAAACCCUGGGGCCUUUUUGAGGUUCUAGUGGAGAAGUAUGAGUGGUCUCAGGAAGAAGCAGCUGGCUUCACAGAUUUCUUACUGCCCAUGUUGGAGCUGAUCCCUGAGAAGAGAGCCACUGCCGCCGAUUGUCUCCGGCACCCUUGGCUCAACUCCUAAGCCCCAGCCCAGCACCGCAGCAGAGAUCACAUGCUGAGCCUCCUCCCCUCCCCUUCAAGCAUUUCCCUCUUCCUUUUUCAGGAUGAAGCUCUUCCUUCAAGGGUUUCUAGGUUUUGUUUUGUUGUUUUUUUUUAAUCCAACAUGUUCAUUUGGGUUUGUCUUACUUGACCCUGUGGAGAUCCCCCACAGCCAUUGGGCAUCCUAGGUGAAUUUGGCCUUGAUUGGGCUCUGCCAAAGACUAAUGGACUAAAAUGUGAAACAGCCUCUCACCUUGUACCCUUGUCUUUCCACUAGGACAUCCUUUAAAUUAUAAGCAUCCUUUUUAAAAAGAGCUAUGAAGAUGUAUGAGCUCAUCCUUUUAUUCACUGACUCUAAGAGUCAAAUUUUUUAGUGCAUAUUCUCUUGCCAGCAUAAGGAUGAGGAGGGGAGAGGGCGUCACUUCUGUGUACAGCAGAGACAUUAAACUCGCUGUGUCCAGGCUGCAUCAUCUUCCUGGAUUGUUUCUGUUGUCCCCUUUGUUCACAUUUUUUCCUGCAACUUUUAAGCUACUAUCUUUUUAGCUGAGCUGUAUAAACACCAAGUUUGAGUACCUAAUUUUAUCACUGUUCAAAGCACUGUCAAAUUUCUUUCAUCCUUUAAUAACUCUAAGAUCCUUGAAUCUUCAGUCUGAUUUUUGAUGGAAACAAAAACAGAACCAUUGACUAGUCAUUUCUUCAGAACCACAAAUGUUCUGCAAACAGUCCUUUCCUAUGUGUCUUCUGUUACCCUAACAGCAGAGUUAUUUUGAUUAUUUGUUUUGUUUUUUAUUUUUUGAAUCCCUGGCUGGCACUUUACUCAUUGCACUUGAGUUUAUUGCCCUAUUACUAAAGAAUUUAGGACUACUCUAGAAGGGAGAUCUGGGUUUCAGAGAUUUCCCAUCUAAGAAGAAAAUGUCCUAGAAUUCUUGAUUCUUUUCCAGUCUCCUACUUUUAUUUACAGCUUUUUCUUUACCUUAUCCAAAAUCUAGCCUUGAAGCCGUUUCCCUCUGUGGCUUUGCCUUGCUCACUUUCUCAGAGGCUUCAGGUCUUAAUGAAAUCCCAGGAUAAAAGAACCAAGGGGAGGGGUGGGAUGGCACUUUUUUUCAUUGUUGUUUAUUUUGAGGGUUUUUUUUUUUUUUUUGGUUUAAAAUUUGCCAUUCUCUGCUGCUAUUUCCUUGUAUAAUAUAAGUUUUUAACUGCAAUUUUGAGAUGAUUGAGAUGUACUUGAGGCUUUUUUUUUUUUUUUUUUUUAAAGAGAAAAGGCUUUGUGAAUCUUAUUUUAGGAUGGGCCUCUCCUAGACUUGCCCUAGACAUUACAUAUUCCUCGGGUCGUACUGAAAAGCAAAAACGGGGCAGAAUUGGGGUCACAGCCACUUGUUCAGCACGGACCAAGUGGGCCUUGGGGAUUACAGCAUUCUCCAGAAGCCGCUACAGGACUCUGAUUUACAGAAAGCCAAGGAGGUGCAACUUGAGGCUCUACUAGCAAAGCUACCGAUGAGACUGUUGGGUAGCCAACUUUCUGUUCGGGAGAUUGGAAUCUAGAUUCUGUCAUUUAUCCACCAACCAUGGCAAAGGAAAAAGUGGUGCAAUUAUGCAAUCCAUUUAACUCAUAACCCUGAGUAACUAUGGCCAGCCACUCAUCGAAUCCUUGAUUGGGUAGUCCUGAAAUCAGACAUGUUCUUCCUGUAGAAAGAAUUUUAAGUGAGGCUCUCUAUGCACCUAUCAAGAAUAAAGAGAACAGAUUGUAUCAAACAACGGCAGGGAAAAUCCUUCAGCAAUUCUGAUCCACUUUGGGUUUUCAAUUAUAUAUAUAUCUAAAGCAAUAGCAGACUAGAACUGAAUUCUUUUCUAUACUAUGAAAUCACAAUUGUGGAAUUAUAAGAAUUCUGGUGAUGAUAUUAAUGUGAAAUAACCAAAACACACACACACAAAUAGAAGGCCCCACUUGAACAAUUGACAUGAUAAAUUUUAAUUAGCGAGAACCUGUAACUUCAUUUUGGAAAUGCUUCCCCACCAAAUAAGGGCUUUUCCUCCUAUCAUUUAAAGACCAGAUGAAUUAGAAGCCGUAGAAAGAGGCAGCUGUAGAAUUUGAUCUUCCAAGUACCCCAUGGCCUUUAUUGAAUUUAAUCAUAAUACUGUCAAAUUGCCGUGAUCUCACUAAAGGAUUUCUAUUUGCUGUCAGUUAAAAAUAAAACACUGAAUACAUUUUUA